UUCAGUAACAAUACAGAUAUCACAGCGCGGGCACUGCUUUGAAUUGCCAAGCUAUUUUAUAUGUUUCCGCAACUGAAAGAAGCAUACUGUUAUGCUUUACAAUGGAUGUUCAUUUAUGUGGUUUGAAAUGCAAAUUAUAAGUAAGUUUUGAUGACCUUGACAUUUUGAAGGUGAAAUUCUGUGAUUUACACUGCAGCGGAACAAGAAAGUAUAGCUGAAGUUUCGAAAGGUAACGAGAUGGCGUGCGACAAGAUAGUGGUUGUUAAAGUACUCGAAGUGCUCCUAUGCUGCACAUGUGUUAUCUACAAGAGGCUGACAGAUGAUGAGGCCUUCCGCACCUUCUAUCUUCUCAAGAAAUUGUCCCGAGAGUGGCCUUUACUCAACAAUGUGACGUGGGAACAAAAUGGAGACUUCUUUACAGAUGUUGUACUUGGAAGUUACAUCAUCAUAACACUGGGUCUUCUGGUUGGUUACCUCUGUGGAGAGCUCAGAAAUGGCAGAAAGAUGGAAAAAUUCUUCCUUUGGAUGGGAGCUCUGCUGUUUAUUAUUGUUGGCAGCCUGGUAUAUGCAUCAUUGGAUUCAGUGCCCCCAGACCUGGUGGACAAUGCAGCUGUUCUAGGGACACUGGCACUCAUCACAGGGCUGUUGUUUCUCCUGGACAUUGGUCUGAGCAGACCUAAACCUCCUCAAACUAAACAGCUUUACAAGGCAACUCAGACAGAUACUGCCUCCAAUUCUGUUGAUCUACUAGAUAAAGUGCAUCGAGAUCCAAAUGGAGAUAGGGUUAUUGGAGAACUCAGGUCAUCGCUCAAAACCCGGAGGAGAACAGACGAUGAUCUCAGGUACCCUUCUGGUAGAGAUUCAACACCAGACUUAAUGCUCCAAGGAAAUGGAAGAAGCAUGGGAACUAGAGCAAUACAUGAUGAGCAGAUGACACCAGAAGGUUAUCGACGCAAUGGGAAUUUCCUACCACAUCAAAGUGUGGAUCGUGGUAGGCAGUCACGUGAUGGAUCUGUAAGACAGGAACUACAAUUUCCUUCAGACUUAGAGUUACAUCAUGACAGAGUUCCUAGAGACCAACCUGAAAGCCAUAUUCCAGUUAGCCAUUUUUCUUCAGGCAAGUAUCUCAAUCAACACAAUAUUCCAACUAGAGACCAAAGACCAUCUGACAGUCGUCGUCACCUAGGUCACCGCACAUCUGAACAAGAAAAUAGCAACUCCUCUUCAGGUGAACAAAGAUACCUGGAACAAGGUGAAAUCAGUCAAAGGCCUGAAAGUGUUACACCCGAACAGAAACACAGAUCAAGGCCCAGAGAAAUUUACAAUGAAAGUGACAGUGAUGUUGAUGAAAUUAUGCAUAUUCCAACUGUCUCCUUUCUCUUGACAGAACGUGGUGAACCUGUUGAAGUGAGGCCAGGAAGUGCAGAGAACAGUCACAGAAUUAAGCAACAACGAACAGGGAAAGGAAGUACUAAAAACACAAAACCUCUAUCCUUGAUGUCAGCAGCGUCCACUUCAGAGGAUGCUAUAAGCAUGCGAAGGAAAAGAACUCUCAUGGCAGCAGAGGAUGAACCAAAACAGAAACACUUAGGACGUGAAGAAAUACAAAGUCCAGAAACUCUUCCUGAUGAAAGACAAAAAGAAAAGUAUUUGUUUGGAGGUAAAGCAGCUGGAAAAGCCAGAGUAUCAAGCAGCCGUAGUUUGGAUAUAGAAGCUGGAAGAUCUGGCAGAUUUGAAGGUACUUCACAGUCACCUUCACCUGAUGUGGGACACUGGCGUUAUGACAGUCGUGAUGCAAAUCUUGUCCGUCCAGAAAGAGAAAUACCGUCAUCACCUUCAGACCCUGGUUUUGUAAGACACACUGCUCACAACUGGCCAGACUCAUCACCAAGAACUCCAUCACAGUCACCUAUAGAUUCUGUGACACCUGGAGGGUCCAGAAUACAGAACUGGCCUGACUCGCAUUCUAGAACUCCUUCUCAGUCCCCACAAAACUGGUCUGAAUCUGGAGCAUCACUUCACCAAGGACCUGAUUCACGCUCCAGGACACCAUCUCAGUCAGCACAAGACAUGUCAGAAUCUACUUCUCCCUCAAAUCACCAUGUUCGUUGGUUAGAAUCCCGUCAAUCAUCUGAUGAAGGCGAUUAUGCAGAUGCUUCACCACCACCUCCACCAUCCAGACCACCUGUACUGCAUCACCAACAAGCAUCAAGUUCUGGACAGUCACAGAGCAAAAAACAGCGACAAGUUGAGGAAGAGGAUGAUGAUGUCGAUGAAGAUAUGCCAGCAGGAGGUUCACUGACUACACAGCUGCUUCAGAAAUGGCUUAAACAACGAAAAUCAAAAGUUGGAAAAUCAAAAUCAAAUCCUUGAAGGAAGAGGUCGUUACACAACAAAGAUAUUGGAGAUACAAUUUCUAAGACUUUAUAAAAGAAAGCAAAGUUGCAAAGAGGAACAAAUAAGAAUUAGAAGUUCUUAAGGCCUUUUGUGUUCAAGAAAUGCUACGUGAACAAGUUUGCAGCAUUUCUGCUUUUCAAAGUUAAUCUAUAUCCUUUGUUUUAAUAUAGAUAACAGGGAAAUAGAGUUUGUACUGAGGUUGUGUGUGUGUGUGAGAGAGAGAGAGAGAGAGAAGGGGGGGAGGGGAUUUUAUGAAGCCAUCAGUAGUUAGACUACAUAGUGUCAAAUGGUAGGGUGACAGGCGAAAUAGGGAAAGGAAGCAGUCAUAGUCUAAUCAAGGUAUUUUCUCAGCAUUUCCUGGGUGGAUAAUGGAAAACUGACAGACUUCAUUCUGAAUAGAGGUUGUUCCAGCUGAAAUCGAACCAAGCACUUCCAAAAUACAAUUCUAGAGUUUUACCAUAAUUCCAGCCAGCUCAAUGAGAUUGUGUAGCAUUAACUUUUGAGUAGGAUCACCCAUAUGUGGCAGGACUUUCGCAAUCUGUGAAUACACUAACUAUAGCAGUCCUACAGCACCUACACAUCAACCAGUUCCAGGGUGUUGAACAUGGUGACACCCAUGAGGAUUUGAUAUGUAUUUCAUAAUGAUCUGGAAAAUUUUGUAUAAAAACAGACUUGACUUCAGAUGAAAUGCAGAUGUUUCAAUAAAUUGAAUAUGGCAUUGAAAUAUCAUUCAUCCAGCUUGUCGAGAUUGUACAGAUUUCUUCAUGAGCAAUUGAUAUUUGUUGCAAAUUUCCUGUCCAACAAUUUACUUUUAAGCAAACAAGUCAAAUCAAAAUAUAUACCUAAUGAGAAGAGAUCCUCUAGUACAUCUUACUAUGACAUGCCAGAUCAGGUGUUCCCUCAUCUCCAAUACUCCAAUCUCCAAUACAGAGUGAUCUGAAUUUUGAUUUGACAUCUGUAUCCAGGAUAUAGCUGGUCACAGUAGCCGAGCGGUGUAAGACAUUCACUGUCUUCGCUCGCUCGGAAGCUGGGAUCGUGGGUUCGAAUC